AUGAGUCUCAAGCCUACGGCUACAUAUAAGUCGAAUGAUAUAGAACAUUCGUUCGACCCAGGUGAUGGUCCACAUACAACAAAUGGUAAAACAACUCAAAUUUCAGAUAUAGUUAUAAAUGCAGGUGGAGAAGAUCGAGAUAAACCAAGCGAACAUAAUGAUACACCCCUUGGUAAUUUGAGAGCUGCUAUAACUACUUUGCAAGAUCAAAUUAAUGAAUUUCUAACGGAUCGAAUGAAAUUAGAAAAGACCAAUAAUGAAAAUGGAGAUGACGAUAUUGAGAGAAAAGUUUUAGAUGAAGGUGUCGAAGAAAAUGAAGAAGAUUGA